AUGUCCUCUUCUUGUCCUUCUCAUUUACUCGCUUUGAUUCUACAUUCCGAGUCUACUUUCAAGUCACAAGAGGAGAUAUGCUUCAUCCUGGAAAUUGCAAAUCACGCUAGAAAUUUCAUUUGCAUCUUCCACCAGGUGGAUAUGGAUAAAUCUUGCAAAAAAGUACAGAGAUCUUCAAACACACAAGCAUAUUCAGUUUGCAGCUGCCAAAGUUCUUUUGUUAUCUUAAAUGGCUUUCACUUUGCUAAUCGGGAGAGUUACAUUCUUAGGGAAAACAAAAAGCUUACCGGAAUUGGUGAGUAUACAGAUGUGUUAAUACCCAUCUUGGCAUUGAGCAAAGUAGGAGGGAUGAUCUAG